AUGGCUUCGAAACGCAAGGCAUCCGCCAUGAAUGCGGCCGCCUCAGACGAGCCGGUUGAUCCUUCCGACGAGCUUAUUUUUUUAUGUUUGGGUGGUGGAAAUGAGGUUGGAAGAUCUUGUCACAUUAUUCAAUAUAAGGGCAAGACGGUCAUGCUGGACGCUGGCCAGCAUCCUGCCUACGAUGGCCUUGCUGCGCUCCCUUUUUAUGAUGAUUUCGAUCUGAGCACAGUCGAUGUGCUGCUUAUUAGCCAUUUCCACAUCGACCACGCCGCAUCUCUGCCAUAUGUUCUAGCAAAGACGAACUUUCGAGGACGAGUGUUCAUGACGCAUCCGACAAAGGCAAUCUACAAGUGGCUUAUUCAAGACAGUGUUCGUGUGGGCAACACAUCGGCGAAUCAGACUACGCAGCCUCUUUACACUGAGCAAGAUCAUCUAAAUACCUUUCCACAAAUCGAAGCCAUCGAUUACCAUACGACACACACGAUAUCCUCCAUCCGUAUUACGCCAUAUCCCGCAGGGCAUGUGCUGGGCGCUGCUAUGUUUCUCAUCGAGAUCGCCGGGCUCAACAUAUUCUUCACAGGCGACUACUCUCGAGAGCAAGACAGACAUUUGGUCUCGGCGGAAGUCCCAAAAGGCGUCAAAAUUGAUGUCUUGAUCACAGAGUCCACGUACGGUAUUGCAUCGCACGUCCCUCGUUUGGAACGUGAGCAGGCUCUCAUGAAGUCCAUAACCAAUAUUCUGAAUAGAGGAGGUCGCGCGCUCUUACCAGUCUUUGCUCUGGGAAGAGCCCAAGAGCUUCUAUUAAUCCUGGAUGAAUACUGGGGAAAGCACUCCGAAUUUCAAAAAUACCCAAUAUACUACGCCAGUAACCUGGCGAAAAAGUGUAUGCUCAUUUAUCAGACCUACGUUGGUGCCAUGAACGACAAUAUCAAGCGACUGUUUAGGGAACGCAUGGCGGAAGCGGAAACAUCAGGAGAGGCUGGAGCUGGUGGUCCUUGGGACUUCAAAUACAUUCGUUCGCUGAAGAAUCUAGAUCGCUUUGAUGAUGUCGGUGGUUGUGUCAUGCUAGCUAGCCCGGGUAUGCUACAAAACGGCGUCAGCCGCGAAUUGUUUGAGCGCUGGGCGCCGAGCGACAAGAACGGCGUCAUUAUUACGGGUUAUAGCGUGGAAGGCACUAUGGCGCGCCAGAUCAUGAAGGAGCCAGAACAGAUUCAGGCCGUCAUGUCACGUAGCAUUGCCGGUGCGAGAAGAGCGCCUGGAGGCGACGGCGAAAAGGUCAUGAUCCCGCUGCGAUGUAGCGUGCAGGAGUAUUCCUUUGCCGCGCACGUUGACGGUGUCGAGAACCGCGAGUUUAUCGAAGAAGUCGCGGCACCCGUGGUGAUUCUAGUGCAUGGCGAGCAGACGAAUAUGAUGCGUCUGAAAUCGAAACUACUGUCGCUCAAUGCCAACAAGACGACCAAGGUCAAGGUGUAUUCACCUCGUAAUACCGAACUGCUACGCAUUCCCUUCAAGGCCGACAAGAUUGCCAAGGUCGUAGGCAAGCUGGCCUCUAUCCCGCCGCCGCGCCCCAUUGUCCCGUCCGAUGAGGGUGGCAAGGACGCUGAGGCUAACGCGGCUGGCCCCUUGGUGUCAGGUGUCUUGGUCCAAAACGACUUCAAGCUGUCUCUCAUGGCACCUGAAGACCUCCGCGAGUACGCCGGCCUCAACACGACCACAAUUAUAUGCCGGCAACGACUAACGCUGAGCGCCGCGGGCAUCGACCUGAUCAAGUGGGCGCUCGAGGGCACCUUUGGCAGCGUCGAGGAACUGCCCGAGAUGUGCCACUUGCAGAAUGCGGCGGCGGCCAAGGGUAGCAAGGUCACCGAUAAGGACGCGGAAGAUGGCGGGGACGACGAAUACAACCCGGAAGCGGAGGAGGAGGAGGCAGCCGACGAGGAAAUCCCCAGGCUUGUAGCGGCGUACCUUGUCAUGGGCUGCGUGACGGUGCGGUACCGCACCAACGGCGAGGUGGAGCUCGAGUGGGAGGGCAACAUGCUCAACGACGGCAUCGCCGACUCAGUCAUGGCGGUACUCUUUUCCGUCGAGAGCUCCCCGGCCGCCGUCAAGAAGUCCUCUGGCAAGUGCGGCCACGCCCACGCAUCCCCGGACGCAUCUCCCUUGCCGGACCGCAACCCUCACGCGCGCAUCUCACCAGAGGACCGCCUCGAGCGGCUGCUCUGGUUCCUCGAGGCCCAGUUCGGCGCCGACAAUGUUGCCCCCAUCGAGACACCGCGCCUGCCCGCCACGCCCGCCCUGCCGUCACCGCCACCAGACGACGCGGCGGACGCAGUCAAGCCUGACGCCGACGCCAUGGACGUCGAGAAUGGCGGCGGUGGGGACGACGACGAGGCCGCCGCCCUUGAGCAGCGCCAGCGCAGAGAGCUCGAGCGCUUGCACAAGCUGGGCAUCCCCGUCCCCGGCGUCUCCAUCAAGGUGGACAGCAUGACGGCGACGGUAUGGCUCGAGGAUCUCGAGGUUGAGAGCAGCAAGGCCGUGUUUGCGGACCGCGUGCGCGCAGUGGUUGAGCGCGCGGUGGAAGUGACGGCGCCGCUGUGGGGGUGA